UAGGGCCUGCUAACUACUGAAAAAUAAAAAAAAAAAAAAAGGAGGAAGGAGAGAAAGAAAAUGUCUCAUCUUUUGCUUUAACCGAUUCUCCGCUGCAUAUCUCUGGGCAGCACCAUUCCACAACAACAAACUGAAGCAAGUAAGAUGGCCGCAGCCAACGACGCUAUCGUCGUAACCUGCACAAAUAAUUCGGAUUAUGCCGUCAUAUGCUCCUUCUUCGAACAGUUUGGAGAUAAAUCCGGAUUACUAUUUCCUUCGUUUCAAGAUUUACAGGAAAUGCUCGAAAAUGUUGAAGAAGUUUCCUAUCCACUUAUUGAAUUGCAUGUAAAACUGAUGAGGAAGCUGAAAAAGUCUGUGUCUUUUGACCGGUGGGAAAAAGCAGCUGCCAAGUAUGCACAUUCUUAUUCUGAUCAAGAUGGCUGGGCAAUUGAAAGAUUUGGUUAUAAGAAGCUAAAUCUUGAUGUGAAAUUAAGAUUACUUAAGAAUUUACUCGAAGCCCAAUUUGACUGCAACAUCAAGUUCAAAAAUGAAAUUAACAAAGUAACAAGUGAGGAAUUAAGAUUACAACCUCUGGGGAAGGAUAUUCAUGGGCGCCGCUAUUGGCAUCUCCUUGAUGAUGAUUGCAACCUAAGAGUUUACCGUGAAGAUUUGGAUGAAGAAACUUGGGAUCUAGUUUCAAGUGACAAGGAAAGUAUGCUGAAACUCAUUGAACACCUUAAUUCUUGUAAAGAUUUGCAAGAAGAUGGAGGAACAUCUCCUGCAACAUCAGAAGAAAAUAGUGCUAAUGGCCAAGAAGAAUAUCCUAAAGUUGAAACUGAAGACCAAGUACAACAACCACUUGAGAGUCCUACUGGGGCAAAGAGAUUAAAAGUUGAAACUGUUGAAGUUCCAGCUACUUCAGAUUCUCACCUGGAAUGCAUUGUAGGUGAAACCAUUGAAAGCCCAAUCCUUGUAAUUAAAGGUGAAGGAAAUGGGGCAGACUGUGACACUGGUAAUCCUGGUGAAGGCAAAAAUGAAGAAUCAUGUGAGUCUCACUGUUCAAAUAACGAGCAGGGUAAACUGGGCAAUACUAGUGCUGUUGCUUGUGAGGCAGAUGACUUAAAGCCCUGUACCGAAGCAGUUGAUCCCUUGACGAUCUUACACCCAAAGAUGGAAUCAUUCAGUUCAGUGUCAAGUAGCGUUUGCAAGUCUAACAGUUCAAAUUUUGUUUCGGAUGAUGCGGAAGAGGCUCGUCACUUGCAAAUAAGGAACGAGACCAGUGUUGAAGCAGAAAGUGAAACAAAACUUACAGUUCCCAAGAAUUGUUCUGAAAAUCCAAGUGCUUUAAAUUCUUACGAUAAGGAAAUAUCCGGUUCGUCAUGUAAACAAACGGAUUCGGCCAUCGUUCAUCCGCCAUCUGGUGACGCCAGUUCUUGCAAAGAGAUUAUACAUGUCGGAGGGAGUUUAAUAAGCCUUCUUCGUGAAGAUGUCAAGCCUGUCAGUAUUGAGAAACCUUCUGUUGAGGUAAAUGUCUUUCCUAAUCAAGAAGGAUAUCUCAAACCAUCAGAAGAUAAUGGUAGUGCAAAAGAAUCCAAUGAUGAUGAAAAUAGGUCUUUCAUAGACGCCUCGGACCGUCAUGCCGUUCCGGAACAGACUUCCACUUUUGAAACUUCAACUCAACAAUCCUUUUCACAUAAUCAAGAGCUUCCAAAAUUUGGUGGUUCUUCACCAACUGUUGGGUUAGAUCCUAUACAACUUAAAUCCCCAACCGCAGUAGAGUCGGCCCCUAUUUCCGAUGAUCCUGUUUCUAGCGACCACUUUUCUCCAUCAACCUCAGAAAUCGUUACCCCUAACCUAGUGCCGUCAGCGGAAUGUAUACCUAGUGCUAUAGAGGAAGUGGAAGAAAAAAAACAAAUUGCCGAAUCCCUUUCAGUGCCGGCGUGUUCUACUUUGGUACAAAAGGAUUCGUCUGAAAUUGAAGAAUCUCACCCAGAACAAAUAAUAGAACUUAAAACCGAACCUCUAGAAAAUAUAAAUUCGAAUGUAAUAAUAAAUGCGAAUACUACUGAGGCAGAAAGCCAGCUUACGAUUCAAACCCCUCGUGAAUCUCCUGCCCAAUCUGGGAUCAACCAUGAAAAAGUGAUUCCGGUGGUUGACCGUUCCACACCAUGUGAUGAAAACAUUAAAUGGAAAGUGGACCAGACAUCCAAGUCCAGCGAUGUGCCUAAUGUUUUAAAAGAUAGCAUCAUUGAAGAAUCUGGACCGCUUGACAUCGGCGAAGCUAGUGCAAUACAGUCAGCAGAAUCUUUUCUCCCUGGCUCUGGGCCAUUGAGUGAAAAAACCCCAACUGUUGCUGUUGUAGAUUGUACAAAAGACAGUGAUCCUCCGUCUGUAUUCUGUAGUUUACAAGAAAAGCCUCAGUGUUCUGAAAGUGAUCCCAUCAUUGAGGAUACAAACCCCCUUAUGUUAAAAGAGGAAAAUAACUACUUAUCACCUGGAAAUGAAAGUGAAGAAACAAAGGAAGCUCAAGCCGUUAUCUCCAGUCUUAGUGAUGUGCCGGUGCCCCAAACGAACGACUUGACUAAUGCUUUACAAGCCGUUGGCACCAUGUCUGCCCCAGUGCCCGAUAUUGAAGAAGAUUCCGAAACGCGGACUUGUCCCGAUACCGUAAAUCAAUCCGGUUCGGAAGAAUGUGUAGUGAGUGUUGUAAGAACAAGCCCCGAACCUCCACCAGAUGAGGUUGAUACCUUGUCGGUUUUUAAGUUGUCUGAAGUUAAUUAUGUAAACCCUGAAAAUCCACAAGAUGCGGAUAAGCUAAGCAACAGCACCGUGCAAGAUCUAGCAGGGGGAAAGAAAAUUCUACGUAUAAUGGAGGACAAGUUGCAUCCGGUUGAAAAUGAACCUUCCACCAAUUGGGUAGAAAAUGCUGCAGAUAACGAAGAACUCGCAGAAACCGAGUGUUUAAGUAACUCUGAGGAGAAAGGGGAAAAAGAUCCGGAAAAUUUAAAGAGCAAACAAUCAUUAGAAGACUUACAACAAGGAAAUGAAUUGACGAAUACUACGGAUACACUUGACAAAAAAAUUUCUGCGGACGAAUCAAAGGUUAUUGGUGAAAUACCAAAUCUCUCUGCAGAAAAAAGCCUGUUUUCAACUGAAAAAGGACAGGAAUUCUUAGUUUUACAAAAGAACGUGUUGAAAGAAGUGCAGCCCAAGAAAAUUUUGGAAUCAGAGGAGAAAGAAAGCAUACCAUUAGCGUCGAGAAAAGACGAAAUACCACCAGUUCAACACGAAUUUGAAUCAAACGCAACUUCACAAGACAUAACAUUGAAUCAAGGAGAUGCGCCGAAAGUAGAAGAAAACAAUCAAGCAAAUACCCUAGGUGAAGACUCACCUGGAUCACAGGGUGCGAUCGAGCCAGACUCCAGCCUGGAAAUUGAAUCAAGUGCGAUUUCGGAGGACAUAGAGCCGAAACAGGCUGAUGAGACUAAGGCAAAAGAAAAUUCGGUAGCAACUGCACUAGCUAUAGUCCCAUCCGGACCAGAGGUUGCGGAAGAACCAGAACCAGAACCUAACCUAAAACUUGAACCAAACGUGAUUUCGCAGGACAUAGGGUAUAAACAGGCUGUUAAGGCUAAAGCAGAAGAAGACUCAGUUGCAACUGCCCUAGCUAAGAGCCCAUCCGGAUCAGAGGUUGCGGAAGAACCAGACCCCAACCUAGAACUUGAAUCAAACGCAAUUUCGCAGAGCAUAGAGCUUAAACAGAAUGAUGAGUCCAAGACGGAAGAAGACUCAGUAGCAACUGCCCUAGCUAAGGUCCCAUUCGGACCAGAGGUUGCGGAAGAAGCAGACCCCAAACUGGAACUUGAAGCAAACAUGAUUUCGAAGAACAUAGAGCCUAAACAGGCUGAUGAGUCCAAGGCGGAAAAAGACUCAGUAGUAACUGCCCUAGAUAAGGCCCCAUCCGGACCUGAGGUUGCGAAAGAAAAAAACCCCAUACUUGAACUUGAAGCAAAAGCAAUUUCGCAGAACAUAGAGUCUAAACAGACUGAUGAGUCCAAGGUGGAAAAAGACUCAGUUGCAACUGCCCUAGCUAAGAGCCCAUCCGGACCAGAGGUUGCGGAAGUAACAGACCCCAAACUGGAACUUGAAGCAAACGCGAUUUCGCAGAACAUAGAGCCUAAACAGGCUGAUGAGUCCAAGGUGGAAAAAGACUCAGUAGCAACUACCCUAGCUAAGGUCUCAUCCGGACCAGAGGUUGCGGAAGAAAAAGACCCCAACCUGGAACUGGAAUCAAAUGCGAUUUCUCAGAACAUAGAGCCUAAACAGGCUGAUAAAUACAAGGCAGAAGAAGACUCAGUAGCAACUGCCCUACCUAUGUUCCCAUCCCGACCAGAUGUUGCGGAAGAACCUAACUCCAACCUGGAACUUGAAUCAAACGCGAUUUCGCAGGACAUAGAGCCUAAACAGAAUGAUGAACCUAAAACAGAAGAAGACUCGGUAGCAACUGCCCUAGCUAAGUCCCCAACCGGACCAGAGGUUGCUGAAAAACCAGACCCCAACCUGGAAUCAAAUGCGAUUUCACAGGACAUAGAGCCUAAAACAGAAAAAGACUCAGUGGCAACUGCCCUAGCUGAGAUCGCAUCCGAACCAAAAGUUGUGGACGAACCAAUCGCUAGUUUGGAUGAUCCACCAAAAAUAGAAUCAAUUGUAGUGGAAACCGCAAAAGUUUUAAAGGAAGAUUCAGAAAAAGAUGCAGACGUCCCGACACCUACAGAUAAGCAUGAGGCAAUUUUACUUAAGUUUUCAGAAGAAGUUCCCCCUCGUACGAUUUCCGAGAUCAAACAAAAGAGUGAAUUAUUGGAGGGCUUUGAUGGUAACUACAAGGUUUCGGUAGAUCCUGUCCAGAAGAAAUUAAAAGAGGAAAUCCUCAUUGAUGUCGUAAAGCAGGAGUUAUUGUCAGUUCAAGAAGAACCAGAAUCAAACUCAAUUUCUAUGAUUUCACCAAAACGCGAACUGUGGCAAACAAAGUCUGAAACCGUUUUGUCGCAUGAACUGCCUGAAAACGAAGAAAUUUCUGUUAUGACUAUUAAGGAGGUCCAGUCCGAUGUGGGCAAUGAGGUUCUAUCAGUCGCAACUUCUGAAGUGAUGACAGAAAAGGAACCGUCAGUAGAAGAUCCUAAAACUUGCUCUCAAGGAAGUGGGCUAUCGAGAAAAAAGGUCAGGAUUUCGUCAUUCAAACAAGAACUUUUAAUACCAAAGAGUCUGUUGAACACAGAACUUCAGAGGGAUGAAGACAUCCUGAGUUCUCAACCUAAAAUCCCUGUGCUUCUUGUGAAAGAGGAAUCGCCCCCUAUGGUCCCAGAUAAAAGUGCGCCAGACGACAUUCGUUAUGGUUGUGGUAGUAAAAUUCUAACUGCAGUGCCAAAGGAAAGUCAGGGAGAAGAGCGAGCCUUAGCUGAUGAGUUAGAAACAAUUCCAAGGUCUGCUUCUCCUGAUGGAAAAGAAAAAAACCUGCAAAAAACACCCGCCUCGUCCAUUCCCGAAAAGGAAGAAGUCGGCCCCAUGUCCGAAGUUGUGCAAUCGGAAGCAAACGAUACACUGCCCAAAGUACCCACUUCUUCUGAAACGCCAGAAAAUGAGGAAGAGAAGACAACAAAUCUUCCUAAUGCAGAAAAAUCUUCGAAUUUGAAUCAGUUAACUUUCGAUUUCGAUUCUUCCGCUCCAGUGUCAAUAAUUUUACCACCUUCAAAGAAGCCAGAUACAUCAACCAAGCGCCGUGGUCGGAAGCGAGGUAGAUUUGGUCAUGAUGGCAACACUGACAGUGGUAAAGAAAAUGACGCCCAGCCAACGGUUCUGCGACAGAGCUCGCGUAUUGCAAAAUUGCGGGAGAAAGAGGACGAAGAUCGACGCAAGGAGGAAGCGGAACGUUUACAGCGGCUGAAGGAGGAACAUGAGCGUCGGGAGAAAAGACGGACUGCGCGUGACGAGAAGAUGAAGAAGAUGGAAGAGAAACAACAACGACGACAGUUGAAAACUACUACCAGGGAGGAUGUGACCUACAAACAAAGUGAAGAGGAAUCUUCUAGUUCUGACGAGGAAAAGAAUUCUGAAGAGGAAGGUCGCAAGAAAAAAAGCAAAAAAGACAAGCGAAGACAUAGGAAGAAGAAAAUUGACCGUCCGUGGGAUUCAACGGAUUCCAGUGAGAAAAGCAGUGAAAGUGAUGUAGAUGGCUUGGAUGAUCUACAGGUAGAAGAAGAGAACGAAGAGCUCGUUUUCAAAUCGGAUCAUGAAUUCUCACCCGAGUCAGAUUUGGAUGGUGAAGAGGAGAUCGUGCAGCCUACCAAACAUGCUAGGACUGCAAGAGCUGGCAUUGCUCCUAAAAAGAGGGGUCGAUCCAAGAAAGUUAAAGUAGAGGAAGAGAUUGAAGAAGAAGAAGCUGCAGCAACGGAAGAAGAAGAGGAAGAAGAAGAAGCCAAGUGUCACAAAUGUGGCCAAUCUGAUCAUCCAGAAUGGAUUCUACUCUGCGACCGCUGUGAUGGCGGGUGGCACGCCAAUUGCGUCAAACCACCUUUGCUGGUCAUUCCCGAAGGCCAUUGGUUUUGCCCGCCCUGCGAUCAUGCCACGCUGUUGGAACGUUUGCAAGAAAGACUCGAAGCCUACGAAUUUUUGUUGCAAGAGAAAGAAGCGGAACUCGAACGGAAGAAAGAGCAGGAAUUGGAGGCUAAACUUGCCAAGGAAGAGGCUGAUAAACAGGCAUUGUUGGAGGCGGAAGAAGAGGCUCAAGAAGACGAUGAGGAGGACGACAAAAUUAGCGAGGCUGGGGAUUUGGGUGCCGAUGGCGAAGACGAAGAAACUUCAGAAGAUAGCGGUGAGGAUGAAGACGACGAAGAUGACGAUGAUGCUGAGAACGAUGAAAGUGACGAAAAUCUUAACGGAAGAAGGCAACGCAAAGCCGCUAAACAAGCCAAUUAUUCUUUUAAAGACUUUGACGAUAUGAUCAAAUCUGCUUUAAGGGAUGAAGAUGUUGAGGAGGAAGAAGAAUCAGGCGGCAAAGGUAAAGGCAAAGGUCCGAGGUCCGGCGUUGAAGGCAAUAGCGAUGAAGAUGCAGAUAAGCCUCGAUCACCACCAGGAUCCCGUCCAUCAGGCAUUGGCAAUAAAAGAAUUUCCACCAGCGACGACGAUAGCGACAUUAUGCCGCAAGUGAUCCGCAAGAAGAAGGCUCGUAAACUUAACGAUCUAAGCGCCACCAGUAAUGAAGACGAUUCAGACGAAGAUUUCCAGGGCUCAUCCGCUGAAGGCAGCGACAGCGAGGACGACGAUGAAGAGGCCAGUGACAGUGGAGACAGCUUUGUUGUGGACGAUGAUAGUGACGAUUAUGAUGUCAUCCACGUCAGAGCUAAAAAGAAGGCAAGGGUAGCGUCGCCCACCAUCCGGCGCUCUGCUAGGAGCUCCCGCAAAAGAAAUCUUCGAAUGGAUAGCAGUGAUACGAGUGAAGAAGAAAGCGAAUACGAGGAGAAGCCUACCAAACGAAAGAAAGGCAAUGAAUCCUGGGAUUCAUCCGGAGCAUCGAGCAGUGAUGCCUCGUGGGGUAGAUCAAAGAAACGGAGCGCGACAAAAAGUAGAGCUAAACCAGUUGCUGCUCCCAAACCCAAACCCAAGCCACCUCCCCGUAAGGCACCUGCUAAUCGAGGUAGAGGCCGUGGAGGUCGAACCAACAAAGUGGAAUCGGACGAUGAGCCUUUCCGCUCGAAUGUCAGCGUAAAAAAGAUAAAGGAAGCGCAGCCAGUGAAGGCACAAGAAGAGGAAGAUAGUGACCACGCUCAGAAGCGCACUACUCGUGGGAGACAGAUCAGUUAUAAAGAACUGAUUAGCUCAGGAGACAGUCAAGACGAAGACGGCAACACCGCCAAGAAAAUGGGAACGUUAUUUGCAGCUGACCGGAUAAGGAAUAUGCCUGGCGCAGCCAUUAGAGGAGGUUCCAGCCGAAGGGGAGGUCGUGGGGGAGUAAUAACACAAGCACCUGGCCGUGCGAAUGUGUCUGGUGAUGACUGCACACCUGUGCCUGUCAGUGUCAUUUCUUCCAGGAUUGGUGUAACUCUCAACCAAGACGAUGAAUCUCGUUUUUCCGGUUCUACUGAUACGAUCGAAUUCAGUAGUGCGGUGGCAUCUGCCACAGCCGCCGCAUCCGCCUACACGACCGGGGACGAGAGUCACACUUCCACUGACAUCGUUACGCCUAGCAUAGAUCCGGAUUUGUCUACCUUGCCCUUAGUUCUGCCUCAGGAAGACGAAGCAAGUCCCAUAAUCAAAGAUGAGCUUCCAGCUAUUGUUCCUGUCCCUGUUCUGUCACAGGACCUUCAAGUUUCGAGGUUAAUUCAGCAGCGACCAGUCGACGUUCCACCUACAUUACCGCCCGACUUGCAGAUCAAUCGUCUCAUCAAUUCUCAUACCAUUUCAAGCAGUAGCAACAGCCCGGCGAGACAGAGUCCAGGAAUUCUACCACAACAGCGACUGCUCCGAGACGUUCUGGACAGCCAAACACCGCCACCCGCCGUCCAGCUAUCUCCAAUAUUACCGACGCCGCCGCCGCCAAUCAUUGCGCCUAGUGUCGAAUCUCCCCUAUACAGCCAUAGCGGAGUCAUCAAACAGACGAGGCAUUCGCUACCUCCAACGCCUCCGCUUUAUUCCAGUCCCCAUGUCGUCAAAACUAGCGAUUUGAUUGCUUCGUCGACACCACCAUCUGUCAUUAGGCCUUAUCCCACGACUGCAACAGCGUCUCCGUUAAGCCCAAGUAUUAGCGGAAGCUCAACACCUGGUAACCCUCUCAGUAUUCAAGGACUGCUAGGAACCGGUCACGGUUCUCCUGGUUCGAAUCCUUCGGCACCACCAUCUUCGCAUCCCAGUGGCCAUUUGCGGCCGUAUGGCAACACGCCGCACAUGAUAGGCCACGGACCUUUCCUCAACCACACGCCUUACGCAAACCCUUACAGUACAGCGCCGCCUUCCAGAACUAGUUAUAUGGGAACGCCAGUCACGCCCACGCCCCGUCAGGCAUACCCGCCAAUGUACUCGUCACCGCACCUGCCACCGCACGGCCUGCCACUGCAUUCACCUUAUCAACAUCAUGGCUCACCUCUGAGACCGACUUCCAGCUACCAGCAUGCCGGUUUCCCGCAGGCAUUUGCGGCCGCAGCUGCAGCAGCCGCCAGUGCCGAAGAAGAGCGUAGAAUUUAUAGAGUUGCAGCUCAGGCGUCUAGGGAAUCUGGAGCGGAUAACUACGAACCAGCAGCAAGCGCUGGGCUGUUGUUGAAAAGCGGUGCCGAAGAUCCUGCGCCCGCAACCGCAGUGCCUCCCGAAAGUGAAUUUGGUGGACUGGUGUCUUACUUCUCAAGCCAGCAGGAAGAUUUCGAAGAAUCAUGAAUCAAAUGUAUAAAUAGCUCAUCGACAGCUGGGCCGGACUUGCCAGUUUCUCAACUUCGAUCGUUUCUAACCCAAUCACCCCGUACUCUCCCGUCUUCCCACCCCCUUUUUUCUUUCGUUUCUUUUGUUUUACAAUCAUGUCAGUGCUACAUCUUUUUGAAUCGGCAUCUACUUCUUUAUAACGUAUGAGACAAAAUCGAUAUUUGCUCUUAUUUGCUUUGAUGAUUUCUAGCAAGUGCUAUUAUUUAUAGCCUGAAUUUUUAUCUGUCUUAUUUAUUGAUUUCGCACAAGCGGGAACUUUCCUUCUUCUGUUUUCCCUUUAUGACUGUAACCAGCUUAUUUUUUAAAAAAGAGAAGAAAAAUGUAUUCCUUUAUUCUGUUUUCCUUUUUCUUUUAUCGACUUUGCGUGGCUUGUUAGACCCAUAAUAACACAUGCUUGUACAAUUCAUCUUAUUGGAAAACAAACGAAAAACUCGAACAGAAAGAAUACCAAUCAUAUGCAAAUAUUUCCUUACCUUUAAGUCGACUCUAUUGUCACUGUCUCGUCCUUUGCAUUUCAAUGAGAAAUUUUAGACCGAGGAAACGAGGAAGAAGAGUACUGUGCCACCGGUUGUCGCUAGAUAUCGCUAUAAGAGUUGUCAUUUCAUCCAUCCAUCCUCUUUCCUUUGCGACCUUGACCAUAUUCACACCAACGGUUGCUUCUGUGUUUGUUUUUUGUGAGGUCUUAUUUUCCCUCGUCUACGUGAUUAAGUUAUAAGCAUAUGAAAAUGACAGUGGAGAUGUGCAUUUAAGGAAGAACGUGACCUGUACAACAACAUGACAAAAUUCAGCGAUGCAAAUUGUUGGAGGAAAUAGAGAAGAAAAAAACUGUUUUUAUCAUUUCUGUAUACUGUUUGUGACUGCGGCAGGUACGCGUAUGACGUUUCGCUUCCCACUGUUUUAUCCACUGUAACCCAGCAUCACAGUACGUAUAUUAUGCUGUGUGAUAUAUCUUAGCAUUGCUUAUUGUAUGAAAACGUAAACAUGGUCGAACGAUUAUCAGUAAAUGUAGUUCUGUUAUA